GAACAUUUUUAUUUGUAUUGUGAAGUCUUUGUCGGGGUUAGAGACAUUGACUUAUAAAAUAUAAGUCUAUGGUUUGAGAUCUAUUUAAUUUUAGUUCGAAUCUAGCUAGAAGCAUUGAAACAAUGUAUUGAUUUAUUUAUACAAUUACUUGUAGAAAUCUAGAUCUAAAUGUGUAUCUUGAUAUAGUAAAUAUAUUCAAUAUUAACAGAUUUGAAUAAAGAGAACUUUCUGGAGAAUGUCUAAUGUUGUUGUAAUUUUCUCUGCCAUCAUUAGUCAUAUCACUGGUAUUGAAGUUAUGUUCCAAUAUGAGGCGAGUGACAACACUGGUGAUCAAAUGCCUGACCAGUUCAAUGUGACGUUUAGCACAAAAACGAAAUUUCUAACCAAAUUCAAUCUCAGGCGUUCGCAGAGUUUUGACGUUGACAUUUCUCUCUAUACUCUCGACAUCGACAGGGAAGGAUUUUUUCAAAGUCGGAAAGUGAAAACUAGACCCAGAAAGGAUAUAGGCUACUACCAUGAUACUAACCACAAGGCCGUGUUUUGUAUUAAAAGGUCACCAGAGACGUUGUCGAACAGAAACUUUAAAUUUCACUUAAAAGCUGUAUUCCAAAUGGACAACUCCGAAUACCUGUUUGACUCUGAUACCAAAACGCAUAAAAAGCCUUGGAGAAAUAUGUCCCUCGAGACAUUCUCUAGUCCUAUAAGGACUGAAUCUACUACACCUCGCUCUAGGACAACUUUUGACCACUAUGUUUAUAAGUUAGAGUUGCUUAGAAGGACAAGUUUUGAUCUGUUUGACACACAAAUACCACCGCCAGAAGUAGAAAAGACAGUUCGAUGGAAUGGCAUCAAUCAGUCAACACCAUGGUCAGACCCACCGAGCAGACGACGCCGAAACGCAGUGCGUGACUACUACGUAGAUGUGGUGGCGUUGAUUGACAGAACACGCUACGAAUGGUUUCUACAACAAGCUAAAAAAGACUACCACACUGCGAUGCGGAAUAUUCAAGAGUACUAUGCUAUGGUGUUUAGCGGGGUUGACAUGCUUUAUAAAGGCAUCCUCCAUGUAUUUUACACGAUUCAUAUUCGUCUGUGUAAAGUAUUCGUCCUACAGAAACCCACUGCUGCAAGUUUUAUUGACAAGUACGCUUCAGAUGGUAAAUUGGACAACAGACAUGCUCUUGAUGCUCUCAAAACUUUUUUUGCUGGUGCUGGCCAUCCAAUCGUCGGCAUUUACGAUCACGUGAUGUUGUUUACUGGCCUUGACCUCUAUAAAUACAACAGUGCUGGUACAAAAAUUUACACAUUUGUAGGUGGCGCUUUCGUGGGAACAAUGUGCCGAACAGAUGGGACUAGCUGUACAGUAAUAGAAGAUCACAGAGGACCUGAUAUAAUAACAAUUGCACAUGAACUAGGACAUAGCCUUUCAGCCAAGCACGACGGGGAUGGCAAUGACUGCUCUAAUUCUGACAGAUACAUUAUGAGUUCCGGUGACUUCAUGACACAGACUCCGGAAACAAAAUAUAAUCCAUGGCUAUUCUCUGCCUGUAGCGUCAAUUACUUUACAACCUUUGUGGCUGAGACUGUUAACAAGAGUCGUAGAUACAACUGUCUAGCUUACGCUAUCGAAGCUUCAGAUGUCAUUCCAGAUGUAUCUAACAACCUAUUGGGUCAGUUCAUUAAACCUAAUCAACAGUGUCAACUAAAUUACGGAAAAGAUUCCUACUAUUGCAAGGGUGCAGAAAACACUGAAAUUGAGGACAUAUGUCAUUCAAUGUAUUGUCUAGAUCCCUUAAAUUCUGAGGACUGUAAAAUGGUGGAAGCAUAUAUCGGGACAUCCUGUGGCGAUGGAAAAAUCUGUUUGUAUGGAAAAUGUGUCAGCGUCCCAUACGCUCCACAAGUUGAUGAGACAUGCAUACUUGGAGAUAGACAAGAAGAUUACUGCAAAUCAUUGAUCAGUAAUUUUGUGGGCAACUGUUACCAAAGUAAACACUAUAGCGUCUGCUGUGGCACCUGUAACAAUAUGUUUAGACCCAUUAGAGGUUGUGAGUACGGUGAUAAAAAAGAAAAUUGUCAAACAUAUCACUGUGCUAAAGAAAAAGAGACAUGCUGUGGCACUUGUAAUUACGGUACACCUUUUACCCCAAUCACCAGAAGAAACAUAGCGAUGAGACCCACAUCAGCGAAACCACUUCUGAUUCGUAGAUCGCCCAAAGUGGCUAGAGAUUGUGAACCAGGAGCCUUAGACUUGAGACCAGACCUGUGCUAUGACCUUAGUGUGUGCAAGGAUCAGUUUUUUCUAUGCUGUGAAUAUUGUUCGAGAUAUUUUACACUUCCAAUUAGAACAACCAUUUCACCUGAUGCUUGUCUUGAUACUCGUUUUGACUUCUUACCAUUUAUGUGUACUAGCAUUAGUAUCUGCAAGACAGACAGAGGAUAUUGCUGUAAAUAUUGCGCACGAAUGGAGAAAUAUACAGUCACAAUUACCACCAAGUCAACUUCACCCAAAGAUUGUGCGCCAGGAGACUUAGACUUAUUACCAGCACUGUGUACUAACAUUAGUAUCUGCCUGACAAACCGAUCAAGGUGUUGUGACUAUUGCUCGCGAGUUGAGAAUUAUACAGUCACAAUGACCACCGAGAUAACUUUAACCAAAGAUUGUGCCCCAGGAGACUUAGACGUAUUCCCAGCACUGUGUACUAACAUUAGUAUCUGCCUGAAAAACCAAUCACUGUGCUGUGACUAUUGCUCACGAGUUGAGAAUUAUACAGUCACAAUGACCACCGAGAUAACUUCACCCAAAGAUUGUGGCCCAGGUGACAUAGACUUAUUACCAGCACUGUGUACUAACAUAAGUAUAUGCCUGACAAACCGAUCACUGUGCUGUGACUAUUGCUCGCAAGUGGAAAAUAAUACAGUCACAAUGACUACCGUGAUAACUUCACCCAAAGAAUGUGUACUGGGAGAGCCAGACUUAAAGCCAGAGCUGUGUACUAGCCCAAGUGUCUGCCAGACACAGCCACUGAUGUGCUGUAAUUACUGCACCUACAAUUCUGGAGCCAUUUUUCAUCUAUACGAUACUUGGAUUUAUCUUUGUUUUUACAUUCAUUGCAUUUUCUUGUUGUCAAAACCAAUGUCAGAUUGAUAGACCUAGAAGUUAACUGAUGUCGAUGUUUCUCAUAUUUUGAAAACAGUACGUUUCACAAUUUAUUGUACAUACCUUUUUUUUAUGUUUAUCUUUACACAUUAAUAUUUAUCAUAAUAUAGCAAUCUCUAAAUGCACAUCUGCCUAUUGUUACAUGUUGCCCCUAAAAUGUUAAGCCUUAUGGAGAUUUCAAUGUGGUUCUGCAAACUGUUUUUCAUUUGUCCGACGAUCAAAGUCCAUGACCUUACUAUCUAAUGUGUAUGCUGCAUUGUAUCAAUUAUUCCAUAAGAUCCUGUGUUAAGUAAAAUAAAGUUCGAACCUCGUAUGAUUGGUGUGAAUAUCAUUUUAGUA